GGGGAGCACCCGGGGAGGAGGGGAUGGAGGGGCUCCGGUGUAGACGGACAGACCUAGAGGGACCGGUGGGGAAGCUUCGAUGGAGAAGAUGCAGGAGGACUCCGUUGACAGAACGGUUAGCCCCGCAGCUCCGCACCUGACGGACUGACCCGAGCGACCGCAGUCAGCGCGUAUGCACGCUGGCACGCGCACACGUUCGCUAGGCUUAAAAAAAAAAAAAUCCUCCCCGUGGGAGUGCCAGAGCGAUUUAGGCCGGAGCGCCCCGAGAGCGCGCGCGCCUGCGCGCCGCCGCCGUCCCGCUCCGCCCCGCGCCCAAGGGGGUCUAGCGCACAGCUCGGGUCCUUCGGCCCUGCGGAGGCACGGUGUGGGUUCCUCCAGCGGAGGGAGGAGGCGGAUACGGCGAGGAGAAAAGAAGAAACCGGUCAGACAGGGUGGAGAGCCCGGCUCCCUAGCUGGAGCCCGCACAAGACACGCCUCCCUGCCUCACGCCCCUCGGGGCUGCGGAAGUCCUCGGGAGACUGGAGCAGCACCCAGGCGACCAUUAGACUACUAUUCCCAGAAGGCAGCGCGGUGGGGCGCCUACGACUCCCGGCAGCACCCGCGCGCCAGGCUCUCUCCAGCGCGCUGCUUCUUCGGGUGAAACUACAGUUCCCAGGAGGCCUCGCCCGAAGCGGCUUGGAAGUGGGCAGUCUGGAAGUCACUCGGGCCACUGGAGCUGGCUGGCGGCGUAUCCAGCGAGCCUCGAGGGGCCGGACGCCGCGGUCGAGGAGCCCGCGGGGCGUGCAGCCUGGACGCCCAGAUGCACCGUCUUUGACCUUGGCUCUCGUGGGACCCUCAAGGUAUACCAGUGUCCGGAGCAUACUGAGGCAUGGCUGGGAAGACGCCCACACUACCCAAGGGCCCCAGCCAGGAGCCGCUGCUCCCUCUGCCCUGCUGAGCCAGUACACCUAGAGACCCCGGGACAGCACCUGCCUCCCGAGGUUGUGCUGGCACCGCUGGCCACAGCGAUGGUGAAGAACUCGACUCUACAGGCUCACAGCUUUCACGUGCACUUAAGGGAGCCAGCACCCUUCCUCCCAAGACUGGCCGAGUUGAACAAUGGCUGAGGGCCAGGGGACCCCAUAGAUUUGUACCACAGCUUCCGGAGGCAGCAGAGCUCCAGCGCCUAAGGACUAUGACCACCUAUCGGCCCCUUCCUAAUGAUGGUGUGGACCUGGCAGCCAGUUGUGGGGCCAGGGGCGGCGACAUCCUCCCUGGGCCCCAUCCGGGGGACUACACUCCCCUGGGAUUCUGGGCCCAAAACGGCAGCAUGUCCCAGCCUCUUGGUGAGAGCCCAGCCACCGCCACCACCCGCCCCAGCCCCACUACCCCUGCCAUGCCCAAGAUGGGGGUACGCGCCCGAGUGGCCGACUGGCCACCCAAGCGAGAGGCCCUGAGAGAACAGAGCAACCCCAGUCCCUCCCAGGACACAGAUGGUGUGAAAGCCACCAAGGCAGCCCAUGCCAUGAGGAACCUACAGAAUGGACAGCUCCCCGCCAGCACCCCAGCUUCCUCGGGGUCUAAAGCCUUCCAUCGACUCUCCAGGAGAAGGUCCAAAGAUGUCGAAUUCCAGGACGGGUGGCCCCGGUCCCCGGGCAGGGCUUUCCUCCCUCUGCGGCACCGGAGCAGCAGCGAGAUCACCCUCAGCGAGUGUGAUGCGGAGGACCCUGGGGAGACUCGAGGGACCCGGCAUGCAGGGGUGCUGCCCCUCUUCCGAGAGUAUGGCAGCACCUCCUCCAUCGACGUGCAGGGCGUGCCGGAGCAGAGCUUCUUCGACAUCCUCAACGAGUUCCGCAGUGAGCAGCCCGAGACCCAGGGCUCGCAGAGCCUCAGCGAGCUCCUGCGGGCCGAUCCCAGCACCCUCCUCCCGGGGGGCGGCUGCGGCGCCAAGGGGGACCCCCGCCACGGCCCGUCCCCCAAAGACUGCCUCCUGCCGUUCAAGGAGAAGGAGAAGGUGCGGAAGAAGCCCCCGCGGGGCCUGGGCGGCGGAGACACGCUGGACUCCUCCAUCUUCCGGAAGCUGCGGAGCAGCAAGCCCGAGGUCGACGUGGGGCGGCCCCCCGGAGACACUGAGGAUGGCCGGAGCCCCCCGGAAGCCAGCCGGCCGUGGGUCUGCCAGAAGAGCUUCGCCCACUUCGAUGUGCAGAGCAUGCUGUUCGACCUCCACGAGGCUGCGGCCAACAGGGGCUCUGUGGCCCAGCGGCGCAACACCACCACCGGCGCCUCGGCUGCCUCGGCCUCGAGAGCGUACAGCCUGGGGUCCCUGGACCCCGCCUUCACCAGCACCGAGGACCUGAACUGCAAAGAGAACCUGGAGCAGGACCUCGGGGACGACACCAGCAACGACCUGCUGCUCAGCUGCCCACACUUCCGCAACGAGAUCGGAGGAGAGCGCGAGCGCAACGUGAGCUUCUCCAGGGCCUCGGUGGGCUCCCCUGGGGGCAGCAGCGACGUCCAGAUGGUCGAGCCUGCCCUGAGCACCCACCGCACCAACGCCAGCAUCUCAGUGCUGGAGGUGCCCAAGGAGCAGCAGAGGACGCAGAGCCGACCCCGGCAGUACAGCAUUGAGCAUGUGGACCUGGGCGCCCGCUACUAUCAGGACUACUUCGUGGGCAAAGAGCAUGCCAAUUACUUCGGUGUGGAUGAGAAGCUGGGACCUGUGGCCGUGAGCAUCAAGCGGGAGAAGCUGGAAGACCACAAGGACCACGGGCCUCAAUACCAGUAUCGGAUCAUCUUCCGGACCCGAGAGCUCAUCACCCUUCGGGGCUCCAUCCUGGAGGAUGCCACACCCACAGCCACGAAGCACGGCACGGGGCGGGGCCUUCCCCUGAAGGACGCACUGGAAUAUGUCAUCCCAGAGCUCAACAUCCAUUGCUUGCGACUGGCCCUCAACACUCCCAAGGUCACGGAACAGCUGCUGAAGCUUGACGAGCAAGGGUUGUGCCGAAAGCACAAGGUUGGCAUCCUGUACUGCAAGGCUGGCCAGAGCUCAGAGGAGGAGAUGUACAACAAUGAGGAGGCUGGCCCUGCCUUUGAGGAGUUCAUGGCCCUGUUGGGCGAGAAGGUCUGCCUGAAGGGCUUCACCAAGUACGCAGCCCAGCUGGAUGUCAAGACUGACUCCACGGGGACCCACUCCCUCUACACGACGUACCAGGACUACGAGAUCAUGUUCCACGUCUCCACCCUGCUCCCUUACACCCCCAACAACAGGCAGCAGCUGCUGAGGAAGCGGCACAUAGGGAACGACAUCGUGACGAUCAUCUUCCAGGAGCCAGGUGCACUGCCUUUCACUCCCAAGAACAUCCGCUCCCACUUCCAGCAUGUCUUCAUCAUCGUCCGAGUCCACAACCCAUGUACUGAGAGUGUCUGUUACAGCAUGGCUGUGACCCGAUCCAAAGACGCUCCUCCUUUCGGCCCCCCCAUCCCCAAUGGAACCACAUUCCGCAAAUCUGAUGUCUUCAGAGACUUCUUGCUAGCCAAGGUGAUUAAUGCUGAGAACGCUGCGCACAAAUCUGACAAAUUCCAUACCAUGGCCACCAGGACCCGCCAGGAGUACCUCAAAGACCUGGCUGAAAACUGUGUCUCCAACACCCCCAUAGACUCCUCUGGCAAAUUCAACCUCAUCUCCCUGACCUCCAAAAAGAAGGAGAAGACGAAGGCCAGGGCCGGUGCAGAGCAGCACAGUGCUGGGGCCAUUGCCUGGCGGGUGGCAGCUCAGGACUAUGCCCAAGGGGUAGAGAUCGACUGCAUUUUGGGAAUUUCCAAUGAGUUUGUCGUGCUCUUGGACCUCCGCACCAAGGAAGUUGUGUUCAACUGCUACUGCGGGGAUGUCAUUGGCUGGACCCCAGACUCCUCCACACUGAAGAUCUUCUAUGGCCGAGGGGACCACAUCUUCUUACAGGCUGCAGAGGGCUCUGUGGAGGACAUAAGGGAAAUUGUCCAGAGGCUGAAGGUGAUGACCAACGGCUGGGAGACGGUGGACAUGACCCUGCGGCGGAAUGGACUGGGACAGCUGGGCUUUCACGUGAAGUAUGAUGGGACGGUGGCUGAAGUGGAGGACUAUGGCUUUGCCUGGCAGGCUGGUCUCCGGCAAGGCAGUCGGCUGGUGGAAAUCUGCAAGGUGGCCGUGGUCACACUGACCCACGACCAGAUGAUCGACCUGCUGCGUACCUCUGUCACCGUGAAGGUGGUUAUCAUCCCACCUUUCGAUGAUGGCACACCCCGAAGGGGGUGGCCAGAGACUUAUGACAUGAGCACCUCGGAGCCCAAGACCGAAUCAGAAAGCACCACCCCUGGGGGCCGGCCCCCCUACCGCAGCAAUGCUCCCUGGCAGUGGAGUGGGCCAGCCUCCCACAACUCCCUGCCAGCCGCCAAAUGGACUACCCCUGCCACACCUGGCCACGUGCAAUCCCUGAGCCGACCCCCGAAGCAGACUCCUAUGGUCCCUUUCCGUGAGUCCCAGCCACUGCACAGCAAGAGGCCUGUCAGCUUCCCAGAAACCCCUUACACAGCAUCACCAGCAGGGGCCGACAGAGUUCCUCCCUACCGACAGCCUUCUGGAAGCUUCUCUACCCCAGGCUCAGCUACUUACGCAAGAUACAAGCCUUCUCCUGAAAGGUACACGGCUGCCCCGCACCCACUGCUGUCGUUUGACCCCCACUUCAGCCAUGAUGCAAUGUCCAGUGGAGACUCCUCCUCAGGUGGCCUGACCAGCCAGGAGAGUACCAUGGAGCGCCAGAAACCAGAGCCUCUGUGGCAUGUGCCUGCCCAGUCUCGGCUCUCGGCUGUGACUGGAAGCAAUGGCAGCAAGCACCCCUCCAGGCAGGACGCAGUCAGCAAAGAUUCACCCAACAGGCAUUCCAAAGGUGAACCUCAGUACUCAAGCCACUCCAGCAGCAAUACCCUCUCCAGCAAUGCAUCCAGCAGCCACAGCGAUGACCGAUGGUUCGAUCCUCUGGACCCCCUGGAGCCAGAGCAGGACCCCCUCUCCAAGGGUGGCUCCAGCGACAGCGGCAUCGAUACCACGCUCUACACCUCCAGCCCCAGUUGCAUGUCCCUGGCCAAAGGACCUAGACCCACCAAACCACACAAGCCCCCUGGAAGUAUGGGCCUUUGUGGUGGGGGCCGGGAAGCAGUCGGGAGGCCCCACCACGCAGACCGGCGGCGGGAAAUCUCUCCAGCACCUGUGGUUGCUGGCCAGAGCAAGGGCUACCGGCCGAAGCUGUACUCCUCAGGUUGCAGCACCCCUCCAGGCCUGGCCGGUGGUAGCCGAGACCCACCAAGGCAGCCCAGUGACAUGGGCUCCAGGGCUGGCUACCCCACUCAGGUUUACAAAACAGCCAGUGCAGAGACUCCCCGGCCCUCCCAGCUCGUUCAGUCCAGCCCCUUCCAGCUCUCCACCUCCGUCCCCAAGUCUUUCUUCUCCAAGCAGCCUGUGCACAACAAGCACCCAACAGGGUGGAAGAGAAUGGAUGAGCCCCCACCUCGGCCACUGCCCUUCACCGACACCAAGAAGCAGGUGGACACUAACGCAAAAAACGUCUUUGGUCAACCACGACUGAGGGCGUCGCUGCGAGACCUCCGGUCCCCUCGGAAGAACUACAAGUCGACCAUUGAGGACGACCUGAAGAAACUUAUCAUCAUGGACAACCUGGGGCCAGAGCAAGAACGAGACACAGGGCAGUCCCCCCAGAAGAGCCUGCAGCGAACACUUUCGGACGAGAGCUUGUGCAGUGGGCGCCGGGAACCCAGCUUUGCCAACCCUGCCAGCCUGGAGCCAGGCCUGCCCAGUGACGUGCUCUUCACCAGCACCUGUACCUUCCCCUCCAGCACACUGCCCGCCCGCCGCCAGCACCAGCACCCCCACCAACCCGGCGGGGCACCCAGCACCAUCCCAGCCACAGGCAACAGCUUCCCGGAGAAGAAAUCUGCCAUCUCAGCUUCGGAACUCUCACUGGCUGACGGACGGGACCGGUCUCUGCGGCGCCUGGACCCUGGGAUGAUGCCACUGCCGGACACAGCUGCUGGCCUGGAGUGGUCCAGCCUGGUGAACGCUGCCAAGGCAUACGAAGUGCAAAGAGCUGUCUCGCUUUUCUCUCUGAAUGACCCAGCCUUGAGCCCAGACACCCCUCCUGCGCAUAGUCCUGUCCACAGCCACCUGAGCCUGGAGCGGGGGCCCCAGACCCCCAGAACCACGCCCACCAUGAGUGAGGAGCCGCCGCUGGACCUGACAGGCAAGGUGUACCAACUGGAGGUGAUGCUGAAACAGCUGCACACAGACCUGCAGAAGGAGAAGCAGGACAAGGUGGUGCUGCAGUCAGAGGUGGCCAGCCUCCGGCAGAACAACCAGCGGCUGCAGGAGGAGUCUCAGGCCGCCAGUGAGCAGCUGCGCAAGUUUGCCGAACUCUUCAGCAGGGAGAAGAAGGAACUCUGAGCCUCCCGGCUGGCAGGCUAUGAACUCCUGACUCCUCUCUCCUCUGUGGGCCCCUGAUUGCAGGGGUGACAGGCCAUCCAGCCAUGGCCCCAUACCCUCUGUCCCACAAUCCUCUUUAGGUUUUUCAGAGCCCCAGGGGCUGUGAACCAGAUCUGCCCCUGUCUCAGGCCCCUCUCUGCUACUCCCCAUGGUCCUGCCAUGAAACUUCUUCCUAGGACCCAGCUGCCUGGAGCUGUUAGUGGGAGGGGCCCGGGAGACCUGCACGAGAAUCAUGGCAAGAAAUGAGCCCUUUCUUCCCCUCCUCCCUGACAGCCCAAGGCUCCUCUGUCCUCAGUGUGCCAGCUCCAAACAGCAUGCACAUCCCCCCCUUCAUCCCCACCUCUCCACACAACAGCCAGGAGCACUUUCAUAGACUUUAAAUUAUUUUCCUGGGGCCCCAAAAUGGACAUGAACCCCCAGCAUCCAGAUCCACUUCUUUGAGAGAGAAACCCUGUUUGUACAAUCCAGACUGUUUAUAUGAUCUUUUUCUAUCAGUUCCUCUCCAGGGCCAUGGCGGCCCACCUGGGCUUGGGGCCACAGGCCCCACUACCUUUGGGCUACUGAUCUGGCUGGCUGUGGGCUCCUCCUCCUAGCACCGCUAGGCCCCCUCCUCCUGGCUCCAGAGGCCGCAGGAAGCCUGGGGACAGGGCUGAAGCAAAGCUGCCUUCACCUCCUGUCUGGUCCCCUUUUCUUUUGCAAGUUUCCCAGCCACUCUCACAGCCCCCAGCAACAGCCAGACACACUCACUGUGCUCCCUGGGGAGCACUCACCGUGCAACCCCCAGAGACACUGAUUCUCUAAAGGCAAUAAGGGGCAGUCAGUGUGCAACCACACUGUUCACCCAGGAAACACAAGUUCCUUUUUCUUCCUUCUUUAAAAACAAACAGAAAAGAAUAUAUAUAUAUAUAUUUAUUUUUUCAUGUAGAGUUGUGCCAGAACAAGUUUGGAUGGCCACAGUCUGUGGAUUCCCCAACCCCAGGGUCAAGGAGUGUUCCCAUGGACUGGGGGUCAGUGGAGGGCCCAGAGGGAUGUGGGGGCAGCAGACAGGGAGCAGUUGACAGCACGGGUUAGGUCCAGAGACACGGCCGGAGACCCUCCACCUUCAUUUUGGACCCAGGACCCUCUUGGAAAGGGCUCUGAGACUACACACCACAGGCACUCCAGAGGUGCCAGACUAGAGGACAGGGCUGGAGAAGAGGGUGCCCAUGGCUCCCUUUGACCCACCUCUGGCCCUGAGGAACCCUGGGUUGAGAGGGAACACACCUACUGUGUCCUCUACCCACUGUGGAGUGGUGGUGGUGGAGCAGGCCACCCAGUGUCCUCAGCCCUGGCCAGCUACUGUGACGUCCCUCCUUUCCUGACCCCCUUUCUGAAGGGUUCUCCAGCCCUGCCCAUCCUCCUUUCCUCAGACCCCAAGCUGGAGCCUUUUCUUUCUUUUUUAAUAUGUCUCUCAUAUCUUCAGAUCAUUCUAAUCAUUUGGGGGACCUAAUCAUGUAUAUUGACAAUUGUAAAUUAUAAUUUUUGGUUUUGUUCUGUUAUUUUUUAAAGAAUUUCUGCAAAACAAAUCUAUUUAAUUUGAAGCUGACGUUCUAUCUGAUGGCUGGAGAUAGCAGACUUUUUUUCGUGUUGAUUUGUUUCAUUUGGAUUUUUUUUAUUCUUUAUUGUCUUUUUCUUUUCUUCCCAUCCCUGUCUUGAGAUUUUCUGGCAUGUUUCUGGAGGUUUCAAAGGAAAUAAAUGUUUCAUAGAAAUCA